AAUUCGUGCCCUAAAAUACUCUGAUUUCUCCUACUCUUAGCCGCAACAUGCUAAACACUCCCGUUUCCUCUUAUUUUCCUUUCGUGUUCUCGCACCUAAUUCACUUUUCUUGAUUCACUCUCCGAUUCGAGUCUCCCCAGUAGGAUCUUCAAAUGUUCUUCUCUGUGUUCAGAUUGGUGUUUUCUGGCGAUGGAGUUUUGAAGUCAUUAGAGAUGUUUGGCGGCUGUUGUGAAUUGACUUCGGUUUGUAGCUCCUUUCAGCUAGGGCUUCGGUUAUGUAUGCUCUAUAAUUGACUUAUCCGGUUGAUGUGGUGGUGUCGAAGCUCAUGGGACCAGACGGCUCUGUUAGAACAGGGGUAACAAUCGAGGAGGUUGAGUUGUGUGAGGCGGAUCGCGGUUCUGCCCCUCCUAGCUAUUCAUUUCAGCAUUUCAGCUCGUACGGUAGUAAAAAAGAUGGGACGAGCUCUAUCAAUGAUUUGGGUCCUGUUUCCUUAGAUAAGGUUCCUGAUGGAGCGGUUUUUAAGGAUGGUGAAAAUACAUAUGAAGAUUUUGAAAGUAGGAACAAAAGAAGUCAUUUGUCCACUUCAAGUCCAGGAGUACAGCCCCGUAAACCGUUAAAGGUGUCAAGGGGUAGUAGUAGUUUAUGUUCUAAGAGGCCACGUGUGGUUCAAUUGGAAGAUCCUUUGUUCUUAAGUGGAGCUGAUGACGUAUCUGAUAAGCUUGGAUCAUACCUUAAAAAGUGCAACUCUCAUGAGAAAACUCAACUGUUGAAACAGAAGAGUAGCCUAAGCAGCAAGCGGGGUGAUAAGAGAAAUCUCAAGGUGUCAUUGAAGACAAAGUUUGAUUCAUUCUCUACAAAUGCUGGAAAUGGCUCAGCUGCCGCAGGGAGCAGUUUUCAUGGAUUAUACGGGCUGAAAUCAGGUGCUCGUGAUUUUACAAAGCUUACGGAUGAUCCACCGCUGAACGAUAUUCUUAAUGGUAGUUAUGACUAUGCUAAUUUAAGUAAAGACAAAGGUAAAAAAGACACAAAUGUAAAUGAAUGUUUUCUGCAGUCAAUUAGAAAAGCUUGUUCUGUUCUUCAGCUCCCAUGGCCUGUCCGCCCGCAAAAUAUGGCAGAGUCAGAGAGUUGUUCUAACAGCAAACCGGAUACAAGUCUAGUUAGUUCUGUUUCAAGCAUGGAAGAAAAAGUGAAUUUUGAUGUAAAAGAACUUAGUGCAACAGAUUCACCUUCAUUAAACAAGGUGGAAGAUGCCUGCGACAAUUCUGAACCUUUGACCAAUGCACUUGAUUUUAAAUUAUACAAACCUGAUCACAUGUUCAUGAAAUUGGGCCUUCCUAUACCAAAGGACUUGAAUUCUUUGCUCCAGGAUGCUAGCAAGUCCUCUGUAUCUUCAAACAAUGCAACAGAUUUACGUUCAGCAAAGCAACAAUCUCGUCGAGCUAUGUUGCAACCAUUUGCAUGGUCACAUUCUUUUAAUGGGCACUCUAAAGCAAAUUCAGAUUCAUCCAAGUUUUCUGCCAAUAGGACCACAUGUCUUGGUAGGUGGUGGCGAGUUCGAAACUUUUCCAAUAUACCUAGUGCUACUGCUGAUUGUUUUACGAAAGACUUGGAAUCGUUGACUUUUAACCAGAGUUUAUUUCCUUCAACAAUGAGAGUUGUUGGUCCUGAUGAUGGAAGGUCCUCUAUAUCUGUUAAUCAUCAUCAAUGUGGAUGGGAUUCCCUGUCUUCUGCAACUUGUUCGAAAACUUCCUCUGUGCUUGUGGAAUCUCGAGGGAAGAUGAAUAACGAGGCAAAUGAGCAGCAGUGUCCAAGAGUAAUGGCUGCUGCUCAAACUCUGUACGAUAUUGCAACUUCUGCUGCAUUGAGGCAAAACAUAGAUGGGAUGGUAAGGUGGCCAAAAAAGGCAUCACAAAAGUCCAUGAGAGCUCGCAAGUUGAAAUCAGAGGAAACUGAAGAAUUAUAUACCACGCCUACAACAUAUGGAUUGUGGUCCAACAAUUCGAUCAAGAAUGAAGGCCAUCAUGCUCAUCCCUCGAAGAAGCCAAAGCUCGGAACAACAGAGAGCAGAAGAGACGUUGCUCAGACCAAUUGUAAAAGAGGACCAUUGAAUUGGACUACACCCCGGUCAAGUAGAUCGUCACCCAGUAAGUUCAUUAGAGAUUCGAUUUCAGAAGCUAAACCUUCAACCGCAGGUGCCAUAAAACAAUCAUCAUCUAUGAUGCCUCCUCCAGCAACUCUUUUGUGCAAGGCUGGCGAGGGUCAACAAAACACACGGAAGUUAAUGCUCAUGGAUUGGAAAAGAGGGGGAUGAACAGGUUAGAUUGCUCGAGAAACUCAGUUUUAUUAUAUCCCUGCCUGCCUAACAAAAUGCUUUUAUUAUUAAACUAGAAUCACUUCUCUGAAGUAGUGCCUAAAGUGGCUGGUUGGUUGGUUGGCUGGCUGGCUGUACAUAAUAUUGUUUCAGUGUUGGAUUAAUGAUUGUAAUGGUUAGGGUUGAAUAGUGACACACGCUUUCUAAUUGUUGUAACAUCGAACUUCAUCCCAGAACGCAGUAGCAAAUUCUCUGCCACUGUGUGAAAAGUAUUUGACAAUGCAAUAGAAAUUUUAGUUCUUUCUUAUUA